AUGUCUCCCAUGGCACCUUUCGCGACAGCCAUGCUACUCCUUGCGGGUGGCAUCCAGGCUCACUUUACCGUCCAGUACCCCGAGGUUGUCGGCGUCUUUGAUGACGACAAGGAGGGUACCGCCCCUUGCGGUGGUUACAAUCCUGACAUCACCAAGGUCGCCAUCACCGAUUUCCAUGUUGAUGGUGAUUACAUCGCCACUACUCUCACCCAUCCCGAGGGUGAUUGGCUUUACCGUGUCACCACUGACCCCGGCGCAAACGGCAACUGGACCAAGAUCUUCCCCAUCUUCAAGCAGGACGGCGCCGGAAAGUACUGUGCCCCGCAAGUCACCGUCCCCCAGGAUUUCGUCGGUAAAAAGGGUUACCUUGGUAUCGUCUCCAAGGCCGUUGACGGAAAGCUCUACCAGUGUGCUGGUGUCAACUUCGUCAAGGGAAAGAUCACUGCGGCCUCGCAGAACUGCACCAACGGUACCGGUGUCACGGCUACUUACACUACUGACGAUGCUUUGACUGCCGAGCUAGGCACCCCUUCCCCCUCUUCGUCGGAGCAUGCUACUAGCGGUGGUGUCUCGAGUAAGGGUGAGACGUACCACGUCCUUGGUAGCAUGGUUGGAGCCGGCUUAAUGGUUGUUAUGGGUGCAUUCUUGGUGAUUUGA